AUGGUGAGAGGAUCAGCGGAAGACGGGUAUGAGCGACUGCCUUCAUAUUUGGAGCAAAUCAAGGCAGCAAAUCCGGGUUCUAUCACAGCUAUAGAACUUGAUUCUCUGAAUAGAUUUAAGUAUCUAUUUCUUGCUUUUGGAGCUUCGAUCAGAGGAUUUAAGUAUCAGAGAAGGGUCAUUGUGGUAGAUGGGACUCACCUAAGUGGGAAGUAUGGGGGUACUAUGUUGGUUGCAGCCGCACAAGACGGUAAUUUUCAGAUAUAUCCAUUGGCUUUUGGGAUCGUAGAUGGUGAGAAUGAUGAAUCUUGGGAAUGGUUUUUCACAAAAUUGGCGAGCUGUGUAUCUGAUGAGUAUCCUCUGGUGAUAGUCUCCGACAGGCACGCCUCCAUUAUAAAUGCGUGUGCUGCUUAUGCUCAUACACUUUACGAUUUUGAUCGGUACAUGGAUGAGAUACGGAGUGCAAAUCCGGAUCUUGCUGAUUAUCUGGAGGAAGCCGAUGUGACCCUAUGGUCUAGGGUUCAUUGUCAGGGAGACAGGUACAACUUAAAAACGAGCAAUAUCGCUGAAUCAAUUAACUCCGCACUGAAGCGAGCAAGAGGAUUUCCUAUUCAGUUCCUGCUGGAGUUCAUAAGGGAGAAGCUAGGAAGGUGGUACUGGAAAAGGAGAGGAGAUGCUUUGAGUCUUACAACUCAACAUAGUCGGGGUGUUGAACACUUGCUUGCUGUCCGAGAGGAGAACGCGUAUACUCUGAGAGUCCAACAAAUUGAUGGAUGGAAGUUCUUUGUGAAAGGUGGCAAUAGGGACUCUUCUUCAACGAGUAAAUCUGAAGCGGUGGGAACUUGUUUGUCCAAUAUAAGAAGGCUAGGAUCAUCACUCGGUAAGUCGGUUACAGGACUCACAAGACAGAGCUCUCUCGAGGAACUCGGCUCUGUAGUAAGACUCGGUUCUUUGGCUUCCUUCCGUCCUGCUUUCGCCCCAUUCACACUUUCACUCUGCAAUUUCGAGUUCACAGUGUUUAAAAACUAUUAA